GUUUUUUUCACUAAAAAGUUUUCUCGUUUAAUUAAAAAAAAACUAAGGGAAAUCGUCAUUUCUAAUCAUGUUUAGUGUGAUAAAAGACUAUUAGGAUGUUCAGCAACAAUUCAUAUCAAUCAAUGAAAGGAAAUAACUUCAGGAAUCGAUGUUUUCGUUCAAUUUUAUUUAUUUUUCUCGGUUUUUUGUUUUUCUAUUUUCUUAUUCAUCAUUUCUUAUCAGACGCUGAUUCAAGUAUUCAAAAUGUAGAUACAAUUCGUAAAUAUCGACUAGAUAAUAUAGAAAAUUAUGAAGACUUUAAUUCAAUGAAAGCUACUGAUUUAAAACAGCGAAUAGCUGAGAUGCUUAAAAUCAAAACAACUGUAUCAACAGAGUUAAGGGAAUUGGAAGCAAAACGUCAAAAAUUACAAUCAGACAUUUCAAAUUACAACUCAAAAAUAGAUGAAUUGAAGCAAGAACUAUCAAGGCAACAGACAGAGCUCAAUAGAUUAAAGAUAUCAGUUGAACAAGCUCAAGUGGCACAACGAGAAGCAGUGUUAAGAAAUACACCGGAACUGGCACUUCCAAGUGCUUUAUUUCCAAAUAUUCUACCAAAAACUUAUAAACCACCAUCAGUUAAUGAUUAUUUAAAAUGUAGGAUGGCAAGCUGCUUCGAUCACAGCAGAUGCUCAAUAACAUCUAGUUUCCCUAUUUUUCUCUACGAUCCAGACAUCACAUCAGUCACUAAUCAAGGAUAUGAAAUUGAUGGAUUUCUAAAAACGACCAUUAAGCAAACUUUUGGAUAUAACGCUCAUCUUACAAGAGAUCCAAAAAUAGCAUGUAUAUUCCUUGUCCUUGUUGGCGAAGCACUUUCCGAACAAGAAACACUUCGUAAUAAUCGCUAUGCAAAUACAAUCGAUAUUAAUAAGGCAACAAUAUCAUCAAAUGACAUACUCAAUGUGACAGCACUUCAACGGCUUAAAUAUUGGGGCGGUGAUGGACGAAAUCAUGUUCUUUUGAAUCUAGCUCGUCGUGACUUAAGUACUGGAUCGAGAAAUAUAUUUGCUAAUGCAAAUACGGGUAGAGCUAUGCUUGUUCAAUCAACAUUUAAUGAUUUUCAAUAUAGACACGGUUUUGACUUAAUUGUACCAGUUAUUUUGGGCUCGCCCGGCGGUGACGUGUGGAUGGAAUGUGCACCAAUGUUACCAGCACGUAGAAAAUACAUUCUAAGUUUUCAAGGUGAAAUGACUGCAGUUAACAAAUCGUCAACAGAAACUUCCGAUGAGACACAACUUGAUGAGUUUAUAAUUGAGCAUUUAAAAGAAAUUUCUAAUGGCGUACAUUCCGAUAAAUUUUAUUUGCAAUUUGAAUGUAAUCCAGCAACAGAACAGACAAAUACGGCAGCUGUUAAGGAUUGGUAUAUGUGUGGAACUGACAAUUCUAGACGUACAAUUUUAAGAGAGUCUACUUUUGCAUUAAUUUUGGUGCCUGAUCGAAGUAUCAUGAGCUCAACACUUCUUCAAGCUCGAAUCUAUGAAUCUCUAAGAGCUGGUUCAAUUCCAGUUAUUCUUGGUGGCGAUCAAAUUGAACUUCCAUUCUCGGAAGUGAUUGAGUGGCAACGAGCUGUAAUUUUAUUACCAAAAGCUCGAGUAACUGAAUUACACUUUUUCCUUCGUUCCGUACCUGAUAAUGAUUUAUUAUUGAUGAGACGUCAAGGACGAUUAAUAUGGGAACGAUAUUUAAGUUCUGUUCAGGCAGUCAUUGAUACAAUUGUUGCUAAUAUUAGAGAUCGUCUUGGAAUUCCACCUAAACCAAUUCCUCAAAUUAAAGCCGUUAGUGUAUUUAAUUCAUCAUUUGUACCACUCAAAUCCGAUCCACCAGUCAUGGAUAUUGAGCCAGAAGAAUCUUUAGGACCAAUUGAGCCUCCCUAUCCAUCUCCACAGUUCCGUAGAAAUUAUACAGUCUUUUUGACACAAAAACGAGAAGCUUGGAAUGAUUGGGGCGAUCCUUUUUAUUUAUAUCCACAUUUACCAUUUGAUCCUGUGUUACCAAGUGAUGCAAAGUUUGUUGGCUCUAAUUUAGGAUUUAGGCCUAUUGGAAAAGGAGUUGGAGGAACUGGAAAAGAAUUUGGUGAAUCAUUAGGUGGAAAUCAUCCACGUGAGCAAUUUACAAUUGUCAUUUUAACUUAUGAACGUGAACAAGUUCUAAUGGAUUCUCUUAGUCGUCUUUAUGGACUUCCUUAUCUCCACAAAGUCAUUGUUGUCUGGAAUUCACCAAAACCUCCAUUAGAAGAUUUAAGAUGGCCUGAAAUUGGUGUACAAGUUGAGGUCGUUAAAGCAGCUAGAAAUUCCUUAAACAAUCGAUUCCUUCCAUAUGAUUCAAUCGAAACGGAAGCAAUUUUGUCCGUUGACGAUGAUGCACACCUACGUCAUGAUGAAAUUCUUUUUGGUUUUCGUGUAUGGCGCGAGCAUCGUGAUCAAAUCGUUGGCUUUCCUGGGCGCUUCCAUGCGUGGGAUGUAAAUGGCGCAUGGAAUUAUAAUUCAAAUUACAGCUGUGAAUUAUCAAUGGUGCUGACAGGAGCGGCAUUUUUCCAUAAAUAUUACACGUAUCUAUACACAUAUUCUCUACCGCAAGCAAUCCGAGAUAAGGUUGAUGAAUAUAUGAAUUGUGAAGAUAUUGCAAUGAAUUUCCUUGUUUCACAUAUUACACGACAACCUCCAGUUAAGGUUACAUCACGAUGGACAUUUAGAUGUCCUGUUUGUCCUGUUUCGCUAUCUGAGGAUGAUACUCACUUUCAGGAGCGGCAUAAAUGUAUAAACUUCUUUUCCAAGGUAUUUGGCUACACUCCACUUCUAAACACACAAUAUCGAGCAGAUUCGAUAUUAUUUAAAACUCGAAUUCCUCACGACAAGCAGAAAUGCUUCAAGUUCAUAUAAAGACUUACAGAUUAAAUUUCCCAACCAAAGUACAGACAUUCGACUUAAACUGCUAAGAGGCCGUGCCAUUAUUUUCUAUUUCCCGUGUCCAUCAUCAAUAACUUUGUUUUUUUUUUACAAACGUAAACGAUUAAUACUUAUAUGUAAAUGUAAUUAUUUUAAGUUCUAGACAACACAAACAAAAAAAAAAGAAAAAAUACUGAC